UCUGUUCGACGAAACAUGGCUGCUGUCAAGUGAGCUGUUGAUGGUGUACCGAACAGUUACAAUUCACUUAUAUGUUCUCUUUAAUGAUUCAUUUUAAAUAUUUUAAUUCAUAACAGUGUAUUGUAACGGGGAUAGUUUCAAUAGUUUUCGUUUUACUUUGGAACCGUCACAGAUUCCUUCACCCGUGAAUACGCGCCAGUUAGCAUCACUAGCUAGCUAGCUCAAGGAGAACAAUGACGGCAAGCUCAUCGGGUGGAAACACCUGUCUCACUGCUAAAGGUUUGGACAUUAGUCUCGCAGCCCUGCAAAGACAAGAUCCUUACAUCAACAACAUUGUAGAUGUGGCGAGUCAAGUGGCGUUGUAUACUUUCAACAACCGAUCAAAUGAAUGGGAGAAGACUGACGUGGAGGGGACCCUGUUUGUCUAUACAAGGCUAGCAUCUCCCAGACACGGCUUCACCAUAAUGAACAGGCUGAGUAUGGAGAACCUGACUGAACCCAUCACUAAAGACCUGGACUUCCAGCUGCAGGAUCCGUUCCUGCUCUACAGGAAUGCUCGCUUAGCUAUCUAUGGCAUCUGGUUCUAUGAUAAGGCGGACUGCCAGCGCAUCGCAGAGCUUAUGAAGUAUCUGACGAAACAGGAACAGGCCCUAGCCCAGCGGGGUCAACAGGGUCAGGGGGGCUUGGUGUCUCCUCGAGCCCUGGAGGCAGCAGGGGACCCUGGGAAGGGACAAGGAGUGGACAUCCUGCAGAUGCUGACCAAAGCACGCAAUGAGUAUGACAAGGGUGGCCAACCAGAGCCUAAAGAGAUAGGAGGGUGUAGUGCCCUUAAUGCCAACCCCAGCCUGAUCAAACCUAUCCCUGUCAAACCUAUGGAGAGAUAUCCCCAGCCUGGGCUACAGGAGAGGCCUGUUCAGGAUGGUGGAGGAGAGCCCAGGCCUCUCUCUCUGGCCACUCUGUUUGGUGUACAGCAGCCCAGAGCAGAGCUGGUCUCUCCCAUGGCUGGGUCAGGAGGUCCAGGGUCCCAGCCCCAGGGGAAGCCUGGUGGUGUCCGCCCGGCGGUGGCCCGUUCCCUGUCCUACGACGACCCAGUCCAGGCCCAGCUCCAUCUCCAGGCCCAGGAAGGGGGUCUGAUCUCAGGUAGCAGCCCCCCGCAGCACUGCCCUGCCUUCCAGAAGCUCAUGAAGGAUGCCGCCUCCUCCGCCUCCUCCUCCCAGCCUCAGAAGCAGCUCCAGAGAGGAGGUCCUAUGGAGCAGCUCCAGAGAGGAGGUCCUAUGGAGCAGCUCCAGAGAGGAGGUCCUAUGGAGCAGCUCCAGAGAGGAGGUCCUAUGGAGCAGCUCCAACCCGUCUCUGAGUCACCCGAGAACAGACUGCAUGAGAACGGAGCCCCCUCUGUCCUCCACCAUCAGACCCAGGCCAGACAAGACCCCAUCCAGAGACUGUUCCAGAACCAGCCCACUUCCACCACCCCUUCAAUGACCACCUCCACUCCCUGUUGUCCUCGUCCUCCUCCUCUCAUCCCUGGUCUCCAGUCUGCCCGUCCUCAGCCUCUCCUGGUGGAUGCUUUGGGCUUCCCUGGUUCUCAACACCAUCACCUCCCUCCUCACCAGGCCCGGCCGUUGUACUUUAGCCCCACCAAGCCCCCCCAGAUGCUGGUCCCCAUGUUGCCCUCACACCCCUCCCAGUCUCAACCUCCCCACCAACCCCAGCCUGGGCAUCCUCAGUCACAGCCCUGUCACCCUUUCCACCCCUUCCAGCACCCCCAGCCCUUAUACCUCCAAGCCCUGCCAGGUCACCCCCAGCCGGGGCAGCUAACCGGUGUUGUCUCCCCCCAUGAGCUGCUCCAGAGGCUGCAGCUGGUUCAACAGGAGCAGAGUCUGGUCCCGGAGCCCACUAGGCCUUCCUCUAACCUGGCUCCUCGCUUCCACGAGCCAGCCCCUCUAGCCCCCCCAGCCAUGGGGCAGCACGGCCAGCAGUCGGCUCAUUCUACAGCCAGGUCUCUGGACAGUUUGGCUGACAAGAACUCUGCAGGCACCGCUGCUCAGAAGUUCCAGGUGAUCUCCCCCCAGCGUAUCCCAGCCACGGUGGCACCUACCCUGCUCCUGUCCCCCAGUGUCUUCUCCCAGGCCAAGCGCCCCCAGGCCAAAGCCUCUGGGGACACCCACUGCCCCCCUAGCCCUCAUCCUCCCUCAGCCCUCCUGGCCCCACAGGCCCCCGACGACCCCCAACCCAGGGGCCUCUCUAAGAGCCAGCUCCAGGCCACCCUGCUGCACCUCAUACAGAACGACAGUUCCUUCCUGGAUACCAUCUAUGAGUCCUACGCCCACCGCUUCUCCACGGAAGCCACCGCGAACCAGUUCUGAGGCCACCCAAUAGAAACAUGUUUCAGGGUCCUGUUGAAUGAGGCACCCAAUAGAAACAUGUUUCAGGGUCCUGUUGAAUGAGGCACCCAAUAGAAACAUGUUUCAGGGUCCUGUUGAAUGCAGCACCCAAUAGAAACAUGUUUCAGGGUCCUGUUGAAUGAGGCAACCAAUAGAAACAUGUUUCAGGGGCCUGUUGAAUGAGGCACCCAAUAGAAACAUGUUUCAGGGGCCUGUUGAAUGAGGCACCCAAUAGAAACAUGUUUCAGGGGCCUGUUGAAUGAGGCACCCAAUAGAAACAUGUUUCAGGGGCCUGUUGAAUGAGGCACCCAAUAGAAACAUGUUUCAGGGUCCUGUUGAAUGAGGCAACCAAUAGAAACAUGUUUCAGGGUCCUGUUGAAUGAGGCACCCAAUAGAAACGUGUUUCAGGGUCCUGUUGAAUGAGGCAACCAAUAGAAACGUGUUUCAGGGUCCUGUUGAAUGAGGCACCCAAUAGAAACGUGUUUCAGGGUCCUGUUGAAUGAGGCAACCAAUAGAAACGUGUUUCAGGGUCCUGUUGAAUGAGGCAACCAAUAGAAACGUGUUUCAGGGUCCUGUUGAAUGAGGCACCCAAUAGAAACGUGUUUCAGGGUCCUGUUGAAUGAGGCACCCAAUAGAAACGUGUUUCAGGGUCCUGUUGAAUGAGGCACCCAAUAGAAACGUGUUUCAGGGUCCUGUUGAAUGAGGCACCUAAUAGAAACGUGUUUCAGGGUCCUGUUGAAUGAGGCAACCAAUAGAAACGUGUUUCAGGGUCCUGUUGAAUGAGGCACCCAAUAGAAACGUGUUUCAGGGUCCUGUUGAAUGAGGCACCCAAUAGAAACAUGUUUCAAAACGCUUUGCAACAGGAAGUUGAAAAUAAUCAUUUUUUCUGGGACGAGUCCAGGGAGCCCCUCUCCCUGUUGGUCUGGUUUCUUCCAUCAGGUGCCUAAUGAGUGAGUCCCUGGGGUCAUGCCCAAACCGGCACAAUCAUUUUAUAAUCUUAACCAUUUGCUGAUCUAGCUAAAUUCGUCUUCCUAAUGUGAGCGCUGUGGAUGUAACCUGUGGAUUCAGAUUACAAGGACAUUUGAUUUUUGCCAUUUGUAAGAUGUUUUUAUCGUAAAAAAUAAAAAGAAUUGAAAGGUUGAGUGGAAUAUUGUAGUAAAAGCUCUCAAACAAUUGUAUAUGUUUUGGAAUGACUGAACUUGGUUUUAAAGAUGCCUCUCUUAACUAAAAUGGUUUUCCAGGCAUUUGACAAUGUUUAAUUCACUUGGAAAUUGGAUGAGUUUAUUUUAACACUUUUUAUUAAGUGGAAAGUCCUGUUUUUUAAAAUAGAAAAUAUUUCAAAUCCUUUUAAGCUUGAGCUACCUCACAGAAGUGAACCUCUGUUGAGGUAAAAGUUUCCCAGAGGAGGAAUCACACCUUACUGUAGAACCUGGCAUUUAUUUUCAUCAUGCGAUUGGCUUGAUUUCCAGAUGUCUGAAACUCAAAAUGUACAACGACACGGUUCUUCCAGAAUCUUCUGUGCUCACACGUGCGACUAGUUUGAUAGACGGUUUAUAUGUAUCAAGCAAAGGGUUUAAGAAACUAUUUUGUGUUACGAGAGAGAGAGAGAGAUAAUAGAAUAGUUUGUCUAUUUUUCUAUGCCGUUGUCAUACAAGGAAAUUUUAAAAACACAUUUUAAAAACACAAUGUUGCAAUGACCUGUACCACUGAAACAGGAAGUGUUUUAACGUACACAAUCUGGCAUGUAUCAAUUAUUUUUAAACCCGUGGAAUCUGGAGUCCCAUCAUUUUUGUUCUUUUGGUUUUGAAAACCACUUUUCUUUUCUCUACGAGUCAAACAUUGAGUGGCCGAAAAGCCCACUUCAUAACUGGUUUCUUGUGUAAUGAUUGAACCGUCUCUGGACCACAACUGAUUUGGAAAUAAAUGAAUGUCUUCUUCAAA